CAUCCACAAACGAAACAAAAGAAAAAAGAAGCAAAUCACAAUAGAGAGGAGGGGGCCAAAAACAAAACAAAAAAAAAGGUAAAGAAAAGUAGAUGACCCCUUCUUCUUGUUCAUCCUCUGAUUUCCCUCCGUUUUAGCCAAACAUAGUAGCUCCCCCAAUUUUUUCCUUUUCCCUCACUAAUGGAGCAACGCCUCCCUGAAAAUUUUGGGAGCUUCUCUAGAACAUGCAAUGGUGACAUCCCCACUCUCUCUGGUCAUGAUUCGCCUACCACUACAUUCGACUCCGCAGCGACCACCGACCAUUCCUUUUCGCCUUCUUCAGAAUCGCUAGACGAGGUCGACAAAUUCCUCGAUCUCCUCUCACAAUCUCAUGACACCAAGUCUGAUCCCCCACCAGUCCCCAAUGCUGUCGAAUCGCUCUUUAAAUGUGUCGAGUCCACCAUCAGCAAUUAUGACACAUCCAGCUCUAAAUUCGGCCAUGACGAGAAAGAAGACAACUCCCUCGUUGCUCAUCUCAACCGCCUAUCGAAAUUAAUCAAAAUCCUUGGCGACUUCUCUACCGCUGAAUCUGACCUGGCAUCCACCUUCAAUCGGGCUAGCACCAUCCAACACCUUGCAAUGUCCUUCCUUGAUAGCGAGUUCCGCACCGUUCUCAACUCCUUCAAGCGCUCCUCCUCUGGCGUCUCCGCUAACGCCGGUCCCGACCUGUGGCGGAAGCACCGGUCCUCCUCCUCCCAUAUCAGCCAAACAAUCAUCCUUUUCACGCAACAACCACGAAUCGAACAAUCAAAUCUCUGA